AUGGCCCCCGGAUCAGUGAUGGUGAUGAUGGGACUGUUGAUGAUGGGUGUAACCGCGGGACGUUCUCCGAUGCUGCCACUGGGCAAGGAAGCUCCACGGACACUGCAGAUGAUCGGGGCGGCCAGCCCUCGGAUGCUGCACCGGAUCAGUGCGGAUCUGAAGCCGGACGCCUCGCAAGUGGUCCACAUCCAGGUGCCGUACUACAUCGAGCGACCGAAGCGGACGAAGAAGAAGUUCCAACCGUGGCCGUUGCGUGGCCAGCGAUUCGCCUCGCUGCCCUCCUUCCCGAAGUCGCUCCCGAGCGCCCCGAUAUCCUUCGGGCUGCACACGGAGAGUGCGUUCAAGCAACACUUGGGAGUGAACCCGGGACCGUACGAUACCCCGUUCGUACCGGUCAUGAAGCCAAGCCCCGUGAACCCACUGCACCGGGAGCCUCCGCCCGAGAUCAUGUUCGAACCGAUCAGUAUCCUGCCGCUGGAGACACCGUCCUUCGACACGCUGCGGAACCACGUGAACUUCCUCAAACACAAACAGGCGGCGUUCUUCGAGGGACGGGGCCGUGAGUUUGGAUUCGGUGGCGGGGAGGGCACCCCACCGGCACCCAUCCCGGACGAGCUCGAUUACUUCGGGGAACACGAGCGACAGCUGGGCGAAGUCCAUAAGGGUGAUGCCGGUGGAUCGGCAGACGCUGGCGAACAGAACACCCUGUCGGAGGACGACUUUGGUCAGAACGACCGGAAGUACGAUCGGCGCGGUGUUCCGGUCGGACGGGAGAGUGACGACGAGUCCUCGGCGGAGGACGAUUUCUACGACACCGAGGAGCGCCAGCAGCAACCGUACGCUCCGGACGAAGAUUUCGAAGAUUCGCGUGAAGAAUCGGACCGAGCGGCGGCGUUCGAGCCGAAGAAGGUGUACACGCAGGUGCGCCAUCAGGAGACCACACGUCACGUCCGGCCAGCAGAUCCGGAUGACGGUGACGGGGAUGACGAGGACAACGACGAGGACCAGAGUGAUCGAGAAGAACGCACCGCCGAUGAGGAAUCGGAUGAACCGGACUCGGAGAACGAGGAGGCGAGGCCGAUCCGGGAGCGGGUUAAGGAGGCACGCAAAAACAUCGUCUACAGCGAGCAGGGCCACCAGGCGUCCAAGUUCGACCACGGUUCGGCCGAAUCUUACGGACAGUUCGAGCAGCAGAAACAGGACGCAGGACCGGCAAGGCGCAAGCGGAAGCGACCGCGCAUCAAACGAUCCGUGGAAGAGUCGGCAAAUGCAGCCGCAGCGACAUCCGGGGAGAUGGAUGAAGUCGCAAUUAUACUGCUGACCGGCAACGAGUCACUGCCGCUGGCGGAAGCCCUGACCGAUCCGCGGGAGCUACACGGUGACGAGCUGAUCCGGUUCCUGGACGAGGCGAUCGCCAACACGACCCAGUACCUACCGGAGGCGCACCUCGACAACCCGGAGGUCAUUAACAUAGUCGCUCCGCCCAGCAACGUGGUGAAGUUUCCGUACUACAACCGGCCGGUGAGCGAGAUCGACGUGGACUCGGCGCUCCGCUACGCCGAGAACCUGACCACGUUCAGUGGCGGCGGGCCGUACGGGAACCGGGGCGACGUGGAGUGCAACGAGGUGGACGUGAACAUUGCCGACGAACCGGAGCCCACGGGGCCGGAUGGUGAUGGUGAAGGGGAUGGCUUUCGGCCGAUCAAGCGGCUCCAGGGACUGGGCGGCAAGAUCGAGUGCCUGAAGGUGCGCCAUUUCGGGCAGGAACCCCUGGACAAUCCACUGUUUCGGGAGGAGUUUGUGGGAGGGUGGCCACGCAAGAGUCUGAGGCCAGCGGGGCCGCAAACUCCCGGGGUGCCAUCCCGACAACCCAAUCCGGCCGUGGCUGUCUACAACGAUGUGAUACGGCACAUCAAGAAGCACCUGGCGAGUCAGCAGCAGCGCAAGAAGAACGCCAAACCGGACGAACCGGAUACGCUCAUGAUUGCGGUCCCGCGUGUCCUGCGGCUACCGGCGGCCGAGGCAGCCCAGGAAGCGACACAGGCAGCGGUGGGAGUGAAGCCGGCCCACAAGCGGGAAGCGAAGAUACUGGCCUUCCCGCAGGCGAACCCCACGGGCAUCCUUUCGAACCACGUCAGCAUCCCGAUCUUCGACAUCAGCAAGUACUUCCCGCGGUUCAUGAUGCGCGCCAACGACGACCUGUACGCGGACGAACCGGACACCAAGGUCCGGCAGGGUCGCCUCAGCACCCCAAAGCCACGCACCCCCACGAAAGCGACCCACCUGCGAACACUCGUGCGGACCGCGGAACAGCUCGCGGAGGGCGCCGUCGAGGUGGAGGAGAGUGUCGAGCGGCAACGGGCGACAACGGGGCAGCCCGGACGGGACGACAUUGCGGAUGCGUUCGACGAUGUGAUAGGCAAACCGCUGAGUGCCACGCUGAAGCCACUGCCACCACUCAAACCGUACGAUGUGGUGGAAGACACGCGCGACACAGGACCCGAGCCGACCUACAACAAGUCUGGGCCACCGUACUCGGCACUCGCGCUGGAGCCACCGGUCGCCCAGAGCAUCCUGAGCCAACGGCUGGAACCCGUCAAGCGCAACCAGCUCGACUUCCUGAAGGCGAAACGGUCGGCCAAGAAACCCACGACGGCCACGGUCCACAAGCGACCCCGACCGGGACUGACCCGCAAGAAGGUCCUGGUGUUCUACCAUCGAUGA